AUGAUGACACCGUUUGCAGCCCUUGAAUUGGAGGUUAACUCAUUGAUGGAGGGAGUAAAUGACAUUAGCAAGAGAAUAAAAUCGAGCAAAGUGUCUUCUCAAUUCGGAGAUUUCUUCCACAAUGCGAAACAACAGGUGCAUCGUCUUGUCAAGAAAUUGAAGAAAAUUCGAGAGGUGAAAUCUCAACUGGCAGUUCACUUCUGUGAGGAGCCUGCUGCUUUUCAACUGAAUGACUGCUAUCAGCUGUUUGCUGACUUCUUCACCAAAGUCAACAAAGUUAUGCAAGAAAACGAUCAGAUGAAGAAAACGGAAGAAAAGGCUGCAAAAUCGAUAGCUGAGAAGUCAACAAAAAACGAGGUAGUGAAAGUGAAGAAGAGGCAAAUUUUUGACAGAAAAGUCGAACAGCUCAUCAACGAAGCGAAAAAUGGGGCAUACUAG